AAUGCCGGAGAACACGACACACAAGGCACCCGCGUGGCUGACUGAGGAUUACGUGGAGAAAAAGUUAAGGGUCUACUUCAAGAAUGACAGCCUUAGUGUCGAGAAGCUGGAGGUCAAGCCGGCAACAGCCAAUGGAGAGAACUACGCCAGCGUGAUGACCCGCAUCAAUGUGGAGUACACCACCAAGGAUAAAAAGGAUAAGCAGGACGCCACUUUCCUGCUGAAAACAACCUUCGCCGACAAAGAUCCAGCGGCCCAUUUGCUCUUCAACUACGGAAUCUACACUCGCGAGAUGGACAUGUACGAGCAGAUCCUGCCCCAUUUGGCAUUGAUAGUGAGGAAAGACCUCCAGGACACCAGGAAGAUGUUUGCGGCUACUGUAAAUGUGGAUCGCGAGCGGGACUCAAUCAUCUUCGAGGAUCUGUCCCUGGAGCAGUACAAAGUGGCAUGCAGGCUAAAGAAACUGGAUCUGGAGCAUACCCAUCUGGUUCUUGACAAGCUGGCCAAGUUUCAUGCCGCCGGAGCAGCUCUAGCCGAGCAGCAGCCUGAGAUCUUUAAGAAAAACUACGAUCGGGGAUUUUUUAACAAACACGUUCGGGGCUACGAGCCCAUCAUGAAGAAUAUUCUGAUAGCCUUGUCGCGUACCCUAGAGUUGCAUCCGGAUCUGAAAGAGCGUUACCAGGCUAAGAUCGAUCGUCUGGUGGAUAAUAUAAUGGACUACGGCGAGAGAUCAACGUCCAGUAAUCCAGGUGACUUUUUAACCCUGGCCCAUGGAGAUAUUUGGACUACCAAUGUCAUGUUCCAAUACGAUGAUGAAGGACAUCCCGCCAAUGCCAUUUUCAUUGACUUCCAAUUCAGCGUUUGGAACUCUCCGGCGAUCGAUCUUCAUUAUUUCUUUUCGACCUCAAUACACGAAAAUCUUCGCCUGCACAACCAGACGGAGUUGGUCCAAUUUUACUAUUAUAGGCUGGUGGAGGCCCUGAAAAAGGUUAACUAUUUGGGUAAUGUUCCCAGUUUGUUUGAGUUCCAACAACAGUUUCGGGCGAGGGCGUUUUAUGCUGUGUUCUCAUCACUGAUCUUUGAGCCUACCAUGGUUUACCAUGGCAAGGAGGAGCCGUCCAUAGAGCAGUUCAUGUCCCACGACGAGAAAGGAAUUCGUUUAAGGGAUGCCGUUUAUCAAAUAGAAGAAACCCAAAAGAAAUUGCACCUGACGCUGCCGUUCCUCGAUCAGUUUGGACUGCUGGACGAAAUGUAAAAUAAUGUGCCAUUAAAAGUGCUAGUCUAACACAUAUUUUAGAUCAAAAGACUUAUGUUUAAUUAAAGAAUAUAUAACAUAUGAAUUGCA